UGACUGCUAAAAUGGUGGUUGAUUGAAACAAAAAUUCGAAGAGCACAAAUCAGUCGCGGUGAAUGCCGAACAUUUGCAAUGUGUCGGUGGUUGUUUUAUUUAUAUUUAAAUAUUAAAGUCAAAAGUUAUGAUAUUCAGUUCCUUUCAUUAGCAGAAACAUGUUAAAACGGCACGAUUACUGCACAUUCAUCAUGCUCAGUAUAACCUACCUGUCAAGUUGAUUAUCUGACUGGCAACAGAGUGAAUAGCUUAUGGAAUCCCUGGAAAUACGUUUUUGGGAUGAUGAAUUUUAUAAAUAAUUUCAUCAAGUGUUUGAAAUUGUAGAGAAUUCAUAUUCAGUCUUUAUAAUGGUACAGGAAGUAGAAGCUUUUUAUGGUGUGUAUUUAUUAUACAAUCUGAAUCCAAAAUAUAAAGGUCGGGUAUAUAUCGGUAAAACUACUGAUCCUAAUAGACGAAUACAUCAGCACAACACUGGCGCUAAAGCUGGUGGAGCUUGGAGAACAGAUGGAAAAGGACCAUGGGAAAUGGUUUUAAUCAUACAUGGUUUUCCAGAAGCUGUGUCAGCAUUAAGGUUUGAGUGGGCAUGGCAGCACCCAAAGAUAUCAAGAAGAUUAAGACAUCUGCCGGGAAAACGUAAAACAGAGAAACAGUAUGACUUUCAUUUUCGGAUAGUUUCUCAGAUGUUAAGAACUGCUCCAUGGAAUAGGUUAUCUUUAACUAUUCGCUGGCUGAAACAAGAGUUCCGACAAGAUUUCUCCCCGAAUGCUUUACCACCAAUCCAUAUGCCUGUUGAAUAUGGACCAAUCAUUUGUAAGAAAGUUGAUGUGAAGAAGAAAAAAACGAAGAAAAGAAAAGAUGAGGACAGUGACAAAAGCUCGCAACUUGAAAACGUUGAUAUCGAAUUACAAAAAUCUUGUGCAGUUUGUUCAAAAUGGAUAACGUUAAAGGAACAAGAUAUCACACUCUCCUGUUUAUAUCCCGUUUGUAACAUGAUCUCUCACAUCGUCUGUUUGGCUAAAAAGUUUUUAACUGGAGAUGAUCAUUUAAUACCUAUUGAAGGGAAUUGCCCUUGGUGUAGUCAGACAUUACUGUGGGGAGAACUAAUACGACACAAACAAGGAUGCCUCACAAACCUAUUAGAACUGACAGAGGAAUGUGAAAAGGGUUCUGGAGAUUACCUUGAAGAAAGUGAAACUGACUGAAACAUUGUAUUUUCCAAAUUUAUCCUUUGAAGAUUCAGCUGUAAAAAAACGUCAAACCUUUGUGAUUGGUCUGUGCUGGCAGGACUAGUCUCCAUUUUCUAAGCUAGUCUGAAAGCUCAAUAAAAUUGGUAAUUUUAAAGAUACUUUCCUCACGUACAAACUGUGUGAUUUGAUGAUAUAUUUGGACUAAAAACUAAUUAAUCUAUCAAAAACUUGAUUCAAAUCCCUCUCAAACCUUUGCAUAUACAGGAGAUUCCGCAAGCUAUAAAUAAACUGAUGUUGGAGGCCACGUCUGUCAUCUCGCUUGUUUGAGUGAGGGUCCAUUUUUCAGAAUGUAUUUUUUUAUUACUUUCUGUCCAUUUACCAUACAUAUUGAGGCUUAAUUUAAUUCUAAAUUAUUUUCUGUCAACUUAUUUUUCCACUGUUUAAUUGCAGAGUUUAUUGCAAAGACAUUUGUACGUUGACACCCCUCAGUGUUCCCAAAACCACCUAACCAUUUGAUCAAGAAAUAACAACCGCUCCCUCAGUCAAGCUAGCACACAAUAAGCUGGCAGACAACAGUCGGGUUGCCAGUUAGUGGUACCCAGACAUUUUUGGCCAGUGCUUGCCCCAUGGGUGUUUUUCGGGUAAUCCAGUAUUUUUCUAGUAAGAUUGGAUGUCUAUACAUUCCAUAUGCUUCAGAGAUUUGAUAUUUUAGCAAAAUUCAAGACGCAUCAAGCCUUUGAAGGAUAAUUAUAUAUACACACAAUUUAUUUAUUUACAUAUGUAUAAAUGAGACGAUGAAGAAUUCAUUAAACUGAUUUAAGAUAAAUAA